CUCUGCUCUUCCGUACGUGCCGCGUGUGUGUGUUUAGAGAUGAUAUUCCCGGAUAUUUCCGUCGGUCUUUUUUUUUUUUCUUUAUCUGUUUCCUGUGUUUAUCGCAUAUAUCUGCCGCAUGAUCCUUGUAGCUAUUCGAAGCCGCGGGGUAGGGUGGUUGGACGGUUUGCCAAAUUUUUUCUUUGUUUUCUUAUUAAUAUAUUCGGUGACGUAUAUAUCGACUCUAUCUUUUGGCUAAAGGUUUCGUAUACAGGAAAUUUCCUAUUUAUUUUGUCUACAUUUUAUUUUUCUUUUUAUAUAUUUGCUUUCGAUUUUUUUCAAAGCGACACGUUUUAGAGUUUUGUAAUGAAUAAAUAAUAUUUACAUGUACAGUAUGUAUUAUCAUACGUAGCGUCGAAUCUACCGUAGGAAUUACAAAAAUUUAUGAGAUAACAUCGUUCUUGUCUAGUAUUGGCGACAAAAAUCAUAUAGAAAUAACAAAGUACUACAAAUCGUAAAAUUCCAAGACCAUAAAAGAUAAAUAUCCGUUGUCAAUCCUAAAAUAAACACCUUGUUUUUGCCAUGAAUAUUUGAUCAAUCUCAGGUAAUAGACAGCAAGUAUUUGAUCUAUCGUCAGAAAUUAUCGCGGUCGUUUUAAAACACACGUGACAGAAGACUCUUGAUCUGUGUUCUCUUUUUCUUCUUUGCUAAUUUCGUACAUCUCAAGUAACUUAAGAACGUUAAGCGCUAUUGCAACACGUGCGACACUAAUUCCCUUGCAAUUUGCUUUCAUAGCAACAUUUCAUCGAUACUUGUGUCUGUUAGCGCACGAUUCAUUCAAAAUAUUGCAAUUUUUAUUUUACAAAAGUCUGUAUUAAAUUUGUCAUUUUUCUAACGAUUGACGAUACGAAUAUGUUUGUUAAAUCUCGUGGUAUGGGAGACUAUGGUUGAAAGAAUGUAUGGGUGCAGCUACCACUUGCAUGUAGCAAUCACGUGCACUUAUCAGCCGCUGGAAAAUUACUUAUCCUAUGGGGAAAUGGCCGAUACCCGUGCUUCUAAAUGAUUAUUAUGUGCCUUUAACACAUCGUAAUAUCAAUUUCUAAAUAUAGGCUUUAAUCAAGAAGUCAUACUAGAUCAUUUUCGAACAUGGCCGAGUCAUUGGAACAGAUGCCAAAAUCUGAGACGAUCAGACUGCGGGAGCGAUAUAUUGGGCAAGCGUGCAAAUUAUUUUACAAAUCGAACCCUUUGAAAAUUGUUCGAGCCGAGGGGCAGUACAUGUUCGAUGAGAGAGGCAAUCGUUUCUUGGACUGUAUCAAUAACGUUGCUCACGUGGGUCACUGCCAUCCAACGGUGGUGCGCGCAGGCCAAGAACAAAUGGCUUUGCUCUCCACCAACAACCGUUUCCUCCAUGACGAUCUGGUAAUCUGCGCGCGUCGUUUGACCUCGCUUCUUCCGGAACCACUGUCCAUCUGUUUCCUGGUAAACUCGGGCAGCGAGGCCAACGAUCUCGCUCUUCGUCUCGCUCAAACGCAUACCAAGAACAAGGAUAUUAUCACCUUAGAUCAUGCUUAUCAUGGCCAUUUGACUUCGAUGAUCGAUAUUUCGCCGUACAAGUUCAACAAACCGAACGGGCCUGGCAAAAAAGACUGGGUUCACGUGGCACCAUGCCCGGAUGUUUAUCGAGGGAAGUAUCGCGAUAUCGACCAUCCUAACGAAGAUCUGGGCGUGAAGUACGCCGAUGAUGUGAAGAAUAUUUGUCAGAAUCUGAAGAACGAAGGCAAAGGCGUCUGCGCUUUCAUCGCUGAAAGUUUAAUGUCUGUCGGUGGGCAAAUUCUGCCACCACAGAAUUACUUCAGAAACGUGUACAAACACGUUAGAGAAGCCGGUGGUGUUUGCAUCGCGGAUGAAGUUCAAGUCGGAUUUGGAAGGGUUGGUAGCCACAUGUGGGCCUUCCAGCUUUACGGCGAGGACGCUAUACCGGACAUAGUCACCGUAGGAAAACCCAUGGGUAACGGACAUCCUGUGGCAGCUGUGAUUACGACACCGGCCAUUGCUGGAAGCUUCAAAGACACUGGAAUAGAGUACUUCAAUACGUAUGGGGGAAACCCAGUGUCCUGCGCCAUAGCAAAUGCCGUGAUGGAAGUGAUCGAGCGAGAGAAUCUUCAAGAGAACGCUUUGAAGGUUGGUAAUCAUCUGAUGACGGAAUUGAGGAAGCUGGCCAAGCGACGAAAAAUUAUCGGUGACGUACGAGGUGUCGGACUGUUCGCGGGUAUCGAGUUGGUGAGCGACAGGAUCGAGAGAAGCCCAGCGACCUCGGAAGCGAAGCACGUGGUCUCCAGGAUGAAGGACAGGAAAAUUUUGAUAAGCAGCGACGGCCCGGACGACAAUAUCUUGAAAUUGAAACCGCCGAUGGUAUUCACGAUUGAGAAUGUAAAUCACUUGGUGUCUACUUUGGACGAAGUUCUCGAGGAAGUGGACAUUGGCGUCGAAAAGAAGUACGAGCCCACGACGACUAUUUUGAAGGCGACGAUCUCUAAAAUGGACGUGGAAACGGAUAACACCACGUGUUCAAGCGGGAAGCCUUUGCUUGUUCGCGCCAAUUAACGAUUAAUUUAAGCUGAACCUUAUAUUAUAAUAUAUUUAUAAAACACGAUGGCCGUGUGCCUUAUAUUUAAGAUAUUACUGUUCGUGAGCUGAAUGAUUAUUGAUAAAUAUGUUGUGCAUGUUUCUGAAGAAUAUCGUGUGUAUAUGUAUGAAAAGAAUUACAGGUGAACAGAGAGAGAUGAGACUAUAGUUAAGAUUUAAUUAAACGUCGAGUUUAAAUUCGAAGUAAUAAUACUUUAGAAUAUAUAUUGUAAUAAAUAUAAUCACUAUAAAUAUACUAUAUUUUUGCAUA